UUGAUGCUACAUGGGAAUAAAAGUUUGAUUGAGGAGAAACAAAUUUUGAGGGAUAUAAAUUUUCAGCCGAAAGACGACGAUUCAUUCGAAUCACUAGAAGUGCUUAAGAAAAGGAUAAGAUGGAGUUAUUGUUUGAAAAAUUGGAAGAUGCUUCUAAAAGAAAUAGAAAUAUUUCAAAUCCAAUAUAUGGAAAGAGUUUCUGGUAAUGAUUUUCUGAAGGGAAAUAUUUCCAACUUUGAGUCUUUGAAGAAACUUUUGAAAGAACAAAUCAAGGUUCUAUGUGAUGGCUCUUCGAGAAAUAAAAGAGAAUUGAUGGAAAAUGGGACGAGAAUUAGACAUGGUUUGAAAGAACUAGAAGCCAUAAAUGGAGAAUUAUAUUCUUUGAAAGGAAAAUUGAGUGAGAAGAAUACGAUAAAGGGCGAAGCAUAUCAAAAGAUUUUGAAAAUUAAAAAACUGUAUCCGGAGGAGAUUCUCCACUAUUACCAGUAUUCUACACUUAUGAAUAAAGUCCAUCAGCUGGUUGAAGAAAAAGAUAUGGAAACCCUUGAUGAGAUUUCAAGAUCAGAGGUUGGUUGGGAAGUUCAUGUUAGAAUGGAACAAUAAUGAAUCUUUUCGAGAAGAUUAUGAGAAGAAAGUUAUGCAAUCAAUGGAGAGACGACAGCUAAGUGGAGAUGGACGUAGAAGGCCGGAAAAAUCAUGCAGUAUCAUGAGGCUGUGACUCUGGGAGCAAAAAUUGAAUAUAGUUUGGGAUGAAUGCUAUUCUGUUGAAAGUGCUGGACAACCAAUAUGCGGUAUUCCAUACCAUAGUGACAUUAUAUGUCUGACAUUAGUAACAAAUUAAGAAAUGAGAGAAGAAAGACAUUGGAGAAAGGAAUGAAAAAGAUGUCAUUUUAAUCCCAAGGCAAAUAAUGUCCUCUGUUUUUCUUACUUAGUUAUGAAUAACUGGAGCAUCUUGAAUUA